AUGUCUUCCGAUAAUUUUACCAGGUGGCAGCCGCAUUUCAAUGACUCGGUUCUCUCGCCUCGAAUCGCUUUCAGUUUGCCUGCGGCUGUUCUCGUCUUCGUUCUUUUUGCCUACCUUCGAGGGCUUUACCGCGUUUACCUGCAUCCUCUAAGCAACUUCCCUGGGCCAAGAGAAGCGGCCAAAUCGCAUAGUUGGUUGUACCAACAAACCCAGAAGGAUUACCCUGAAGAUAUUUAUGAGCAAAUCCAUCAUAAAUACGACGCCAAAGCCAUUAGAAUCGCGCCAAAUGAGCUUCACAUUACCGACACGAACCUCUACAAGGUUAUCUACAGGCAAUCUAACCCUUUUCCCAAGAAUGAGCCUUUCUACCUGGCAUUUAAUGCGCCGUCUCCCACGGUCUUCACCGAGAUGGACGAGGCUAAGCACAAGGAACGGCGACGCAUGCUGAACCCCAUGUUCUCACGUGCAGGUGUCCUCAAGCUGGAGGGUCUUAUUCGUGAGCGAUUGGCACUCUUGGAGAUCAAGAUUGAACGGCUUCGUGAGAAGCAGAACAUUGACUUUUAUGAUGCGUUUCGACUCCUGACUACCAACAUCAUUAUGGAGUUUUGUUUUGCCGAUAGUCGCGGUAUGCUGGAGGAGCAGUCCGACAGUUUCAAGUCGCAAUUCCUUACAGCUUUCAGCGUUGCUGCAUCGGCGCUGAAGACCCUGCAGCAAUACCCCUUAUUGCGCAUAGUCAGCAACGCGAUCGCAGUGGGAUUGCUGAAAGUCGUCUCUCCGGAACUAGGCAACCUCAUUCAUUUGACCGAUGUAAGUAGCUUCUGGUCAAAAUACUUCUUCAAACCGGUAGUUGAAGCAUUAUCUGACCCCGAGUCCGUGGAGUUUACGGCUGUCAAUCAUCCCAUCGUUCUCGGAAAACUGACAUCGCUGUCGGAUGUUGCAUUGGUUGGCGAAUCUCUUGAUCUUUUGGUGGCCGGGUCUGAUACGAGCGCCACGUCCGUGACCACUGCGCUCUUCGAGAUUCUCCGUAAUCCCGCCAUAGAGAAGAGACUGGUCGAAGAACUUGACGCUGCUAUUCACCAGUCGUUCCCAGUGUUGGCCAAUUCCCAAACAGAAGAUUUGGAAAGACCAUAG